AUGACAAAGUCCUCGAGCCUGGAAGGCUUCACGAAAGUCUACUUCAACUUGUGCACACGCCUGGAUGGCGGAAGAUUGGAGGCCGUCUUCGAGCCAAUUACUGACUGUCAUCGUGAAAUCGUGCAGAGUGAAGGAAAACUCGAGAUCCAUGUACCACGCGUCUUCAGCGAGACACGUCCCGCCGUGAGAUUUUCCCACGUCGACCACCUCAAUACCAAGAUCGACUCCCAUCCUCUUGCCUCGAGGCUUCCCAAAGCAACAGGAUCUACACCAUCACUACACGAAGGCAGCCCAGCCUUCAAGUCUUUCGCUGCGCCCGUUGAUCUGCCGAAGAACACCAACCAUUAUUUGAAGAGCGAUGAGCCGUUGCUGUGUCUUCAGGUUACAUCUUUCGCAGACGCUACAUUAGUAGGGCUCACCUACCCACACUCGCUCGCCGAUGCCAUGGGUAUAUCAGAGCUGCUCAAGGCAUGGUCAAACAUCAUAGUAGGCAAAGGCUAUCUGGUGAAGCCUCUCCAGGGCACUUAUCGAGAUGUGCUUGACAGCGCAGGAACAGACCUCGACAAGGAAGUCUCGCAGAGAAAGUUCGCCUUAGAAACUCAGCAAACCCGUGGAUUUGCCUUGGUUUCCUUCAUUGCCCGAUAUGUAUGGGAUAUCGCGACUCGCCGGACCGUGCAGGUCCGACAUAUCUAUCUGCCUGCCAACUAUCUGAGGCAUCUGCGCCAAGGAGUCGAGCAGGAGCUCAAGGAAACACAUGGUGGGGUGGUUCCUUUCGUUAGUGACGGGGACCUCAUCACAGCUUGGGGUUCUCGCCUUAUCAUGUCGUCACGGCCAUGGAAGAGGUGCAGUGCAGUAAUAUGCAACGUAUUCGAUAUCCGCCGGCGCUUGGAGAAUACGUUUGCGCCCGAAGGCCCAUACCUGCAAAAUCUGAUCCUUCCAGCAACGACUGUCCUAUCCAGACGGGAGGCUGCAAACGCCACGACGGCACAGAUUGCUCAACAUCUGCGCCAAGCCAUCACAGAGCAGACUAGCGACGUGCAGGCCCGAAGUCUCCUGCGUCUCGCACGUAACUGGUUUGCAGCUCUGGGCACAAUGCCCUUGUUUGCGCGGUGGGAUUCCAGAGUUAUUGCCUGCUCCAACUGGACCAAGGCAAAAUUCUUGGAUGCCGCCGAUAUCAGCUCUGCUGCCUCGGGCGACGUUGGCGAACACAAGCUCUGCACUGGGGUGGUGGGGAACUCUACGGCGGAUGCGGCGCAAGAUCGUGUCAGACCAGUCAUGUUCUGGGGUAGCCCCAUGAAUGCGGAUGACAAAACCCGUGACGCUUUUAUGAUCUAUGGUAAGGACGAAUCUGGAAAUUACUGGGUUCAGGGGGUUUUGAGGAAGGAAAGCUGGGCUCUGAUUGAGGAGGAAUUUCGACGCUUCGGAAAGGAGUCGAAGGAAUCUGUCUGA